AUGGGGGUUGGUGUUGCUGGGUCAGGCCCCGCCGGCUCCAUUGUCAGCCCGCCUCCCAGCAAUGAGAAGCCCUUCAGGUGCCUGGAAUGUGGGAAGAGCUUCAGUCAGAGCUCUCACGUGCUCCGACACCAGGACAUGCACACUGGGGCACGUCCCUACACGUGUGGAGAAUGUGGGAAGAGCUUCAGCCAGAACUACCACCUCCGCACCCAUCAGCGCAUCCACAGCGGGGAACGACCCUACAAGUGUGAGGAAUGUGGGAAGAGCUUCAGCCGGAGGUACCACCUCUGCACCCACCAGCGCAUCCACAGUGGGGAACGGCCGUACACAUGUGAGGAAUGUGGGAAGAGCUUCAACCGGAGCUUUCACCUUCGUUCCCACCAGCACAUCCACACUGGAGAAUGUCCUUACACGUGUAGGGAAUGUGGGAAGAGCUUCAGUCACAGCUCCACCCUCCGCAAACACCAUCGCAUCCACACUGGGGAACGGCCCUACAAGUGCUUGGAUUGUGGGAAGAGGUUUCCAACCAGGGGGAAUCUCUACACGCAUGAGCGGACGCACAGGGAUGAGAGGCCCUUCUGCUGCACCGACUGCGGGAAACGGUUCAAGGAGAAAUCCCAUCUUGUCACCCACCGGCGCAUCCACACCGGGGAGAGGCCCUACAAGUGUGGGGAGUGUGGGAAGAGAUUCACCCAGAUUGGUGUCUUGACCAAACACCAACGGACCCACCAGUAAGGGAAGCCCUACCAGUGCCCCGACUGCAGGAAGAGCUUCGGCCGCUGCUUCCACCCCGAAUGAACCCCCUGAUGGUGAGGCAACCCCUGGAGUCCAGUGACUGUCAGUCCAUCCCUUUCCACCACAAAGGGCCAGUCCCCUUUAACAGAGGCAUGUUCUUCCAACA